CUAAACUCAAUGUAGCUGGGAUGUGAACCGUCCCUUCCUGUUUGACUGCCGACCGAGCCACCGUAUUGAGAGGCACAACGAAGCCGCAAUAGACUCGACAAUGCCUGGGACUGAAUAUGCUGUCAAAGACAGGAUUAUUUGUUUUCCGACGUGAUCUUGACAAUUAUACAUGUUGACAUGUUUGAUUUGCGAUGUUUACUCGAUAGAUAGCUAGGCUAUAUUUUAUAUUUCGCUGUCACUAUCCGUGUUCCUCUGAUUGUCCUAUUCACAUUCUCAUGGCGGAGACUAAAAUUAUAUACCAUAUUGACGAGGAGGAGACUCCUUAUUUAGUGAAACUGUCGGUUCCUCCUGAGAAAGUAACGUUGGCGGAUUUCAAAAAUGUCCUCAACAAUCGUCCGGUCAAUAGCUACAAAUUCUUCUUUAAAUCUAUGGAUCAGGAUUUUGGGGUCGUCAAAGAGGAGAUUUCUGAUGAUAACGCCAAACUGCCCUGCUUCAAUGGGAGAGUGGUGGCCUGGCUGGUGCUGGCAGAAAGCUCCCAUUCGGAUGGCGGAUCUCAAUGCACAGAGAGCCACCCCGAGCUUCCGCCUCCUCUGGAAAGGACAGGAGGCAUCGGUGAUUCCAGACCCCCUUCUUUCCAUGCCAACGCUGUGAGCAGUCGGGAUGCCCUGGAUGCAGACACAGGCACGGAGUCGCUGCUCAGCCAACGCCGGGAGAGGGAGCGUGACCGCGCCCGCCGGAGAGCCCACAACGCAGAGAUCUCCCGGGUCAACGGGCACUCCAAAACCGAUCGUGGCGCCCGCGACUCAGCCAUGGGCUUCGACAGUGCCUCCAUGAUGAGCAGCGAGCUGGAGUCCAGCUCUUUUGUGGACAGCGAAGAGGACGAAGACACUAGCAGACUCAGCAGCUCCACAGAGCAGAGUUCCUCCUCUCAGCUCAUGCGUAGGCACAAACGGCGGAGACGGAGGCAGAAAGUGGCCAAGAUGGACCGGUCGUCUUCGUUUAGUAGCAUCACCGACUCCACUAUGAGCCUCAACAUCAUCACUGUCACUCUCAACAUGGAAAAGUACAACUUCCUGGGCAUCAGCAUAGUAGGCCAGAGCAACGACAGGGGGGACGGAGGAAUCUACAUCGGUUCCAUCAUGAAGGGCGGCGCAGUGGCUGCUGAUGGCAGGAUCGAGCCCGGCGACAUGCUCUUACAGGUUAACGAUGUGAACUUUGAGAACAUGAGCAAUGACGACGCUGUGAGGAUUCUGAGAGAAAUUGUGUCCAAGCCCGGUCCCAUCAGUCUAACCGUGGCCAAGUGCUGGGACCCGUCCCCUCGAAGUUACUUCACUAUCCCCAGAGCUGAACCAGUGAGACCCAUUGACCCUGCUGCCUGGAUCUCCCACACCACAGCACUGACUGGGCCUUAUCCUCACUAUGAACUCGAUGAUCUGCCUCUCUCUGUGAAUAAAACGGACAUGGCGACCAUCGUGAAGGUGAUGCAACUCCCAGAUUCUGGCCUGGAGAUUCGUGACCGGAUGUGGCUGAAAAUCACUAUCGCUAACGCCAUCAUAGGUGCGGAUGUGGUAGACUGGCUGUACACGCGAGUGGACGGCUUCAAGGACCGACGGGACGCGCGCAAGUACGCCAGCAGCCUCCUGAAGCAUGGCUACCUGAGACACACAGUCAACAAGAUCACUUUCUCCGAGCAGUGCUACUACACCUUCGGGGAUCUGUGCCAAAACAUGGCGUCUCUCAACCUAAACGAAGGCUCCAGUGGUGGGGCCUCGGAGCAGGACACCCUGGCCCCUCUCCCCCCUCCCGCCACCAACCCGUGGCCCCUAGGCGGUCAGCCGUACCCUUACCCGUACCCCAGCGCCCCGCCCACCUUCCCGCCUGGUUACUCUGACCCGUGCCACAGCUUCCACAGUGGCAGCGCUGGCAGCCAGCAAAGUGAAGGUAGCCGAAGCAGCGGCUCCAACCCCAGCGCUGGGACGGGGACUGGACGCCGGCCUUCCCCGAGGGACAAGGAGCCCAAGUUGGCGUGCGGAGGCAGUGGCGUUGGCGUCGGUGGCGUCGGCGUAGGGGGCAGCGAGUCCGAGCAGGGCACGUGGGGUUGCCGGCGGCCGGGCAACCGCUCGGCCAGUCAGCUGAGCCACCAUAGCAGCCACGCCCACUCCCACUCCCACUCGCAGUCCCACCGGAGCCAAUGCCCAUCGCAGCACAGUUACGCCUUCUCCUACAGCCACGCCAUCCCCUCCGCCAUCACCGCCGGCGGCCCGCCCAACCACCACCAACACCACCAACACCACCAACCCCACCACCACCACCACCAGCAGCAGCAGCAGCAGCAUCAGCAGCACUCGGCGUCCUGCAGUCACAGCGAUCGGAGUCACGCGUCCUCCUACGGGCCCCCAGGCCUGCCGCCUCCCUACUGCAUGGCCCGCUACGCGCCCAAGGCCUCGGCCCCCUCGGCAGCGGCGUCCAGCAACAGCCCCCCCGGGGCGCCCCCGGUGCGCGAGCUGGCCGACGUGCCGCCCGAGCUGACCGCCAGCCGUCAGUCCUUCCAGCACGCCAUGGGGAACCCCUGCGAGUUCUUCGUUGACAUCAUGUAACAGGGGACAGUGCCUUUUUUAUUAAAAAAGACAGGACGUUAAGGAGCCCAGCACAAGGUAAUGCUUCAGAUCUGCUGCACAAGCCCCAGUCCCCAGGCCCCACAUGCAAACAGACACACACACACACCAAUACAUGUGCAGAUCUUCACACACACACACACACACACACACA